AUGAGGAGCUUGUGUGAGGUUUCUCUGAGCUCUGCUGUACUCCUGCAGGUGACUGAGGUUCACUGGCAUGAUGUGGCUGGAUGGACGGGGCAGGGCGGUUCACUGCUGGGCACCAAACGAACUCUUCCCAACUCCUGCAUGGAGAACAUCGUGGCCAAUAUCCGCAAAUACAACAUCCAGUCGCUGCUGGUGAUUGGUGGAUUUGAGGCGUAUGAAGGAGUUCUGCAGCUGGUUGAGGCUCGAGGCCGCUAUGAUGAACUGUGUAUCGCUAUGUGUGUGGUUCCCGCCACCAUCAGCAACAACGUGCCAGGCACAGACUUCAGUUUGGGAGCAGACACAGCCGUGAACGCCGCCAUGGAGAGUUGUGAUAAAAUCAAGCAGUCUGCAUCUGGAACCAAACGCCGCGUCUUCAUCGUGGAGACCAUGGGCGGAUACUGUGGUUACCUAGCAACCACCACCGGCAUCGCCGUGGGAGCAGACGCCGUCUACAUCUUUGAGGAGCCGUUCAACAUCCACGAGCUGGAGACAAACGUGGAGCAUCUGACGGAGAAAAUGAAGAAUGAUAUUCAGAGAGGACUAGUGUUGAGGAAUGAGAAGUGUCACAAGCACUACACCACUGACUUCAUCCACAAUCUCUACUCCGCCGAGGGCAAAGGCGUCUUCGACUGCAGGGUUAAUGUUCUGGGUCACCUGCAGCAGGGUGGCGUUCCCACUCCGUUCGACAGGAAUUUUGGCACUAAACUGGGAGUGAAGUCAGUUCUGUGGCUCACAGAGAAGAUGAACAACACAUACAGACAGGGCCGUGUGUUUGCGAACGCUCCAGAUACGGCUUGCGUGAUCGGCAUGAAGAAGAAAGUGAUGUCUUUCAGUCCCGUCACCGAACUCAAAGCGCACACCGACUUUGAACACCGGAUGCCACAAGAGCAGUGGUGGCUCAAUCUGCGGCCCAUGCUCAAGAUGUUGGCCAAAUAUCAGACCAGUUUUGACGAGUAUGUGACCGGAGAGAUCGAGCAUGUGACGCGCCGCACACUGAGCAUGGAGACCGGAUUCUGAACGGCUGCUCACUCCCUUCAUCCUCAUCAUCAUCCUCAUCCUCAUGCCACAUUAACCCUGCAUACCUCUGAGCCAAUAAAUCCCGUCAAACUCAUAACUGCAUUUAUAUGCUGCAUAGAACACGUUAUUAACAGAUCAUCAGUGUUUAUGAACUACAUUCAUCUUGAAAUGUUAAAGAACAGAUGUUGUGCUCGUGCUUUAGCCCGUCUGCUGUGCCUUUGUCUUGUGUUUAUUCGUUUUUAACAACUGGCCUGUUAUAAUAUUUGCUUCUUUAUAUUUCGACGGUUGUGCACGUUUGACGCGGCUGGAUGGAGUUUGUGUAAAAGAUGAAAUAGAGAAAUGUGUUUCUGAAUGAUCUUGCAGUUGAUUUUCUGGUUUUUGGACACAAUAUUUUCAUCUUUCUGUUGUGCAGACUGUUUUUUGGCUAUUUGUGUAUUAUAAUCUUUUCUGUCAUUAUUUAGCUGUUGUUUCCUUAUUCCAGAAUCAUUGAUUUGUUAGAGUGUCUGCCGUUGAAUUAUUACUGAAUUGUGACUGAAUUAUUGUGCUCUUCUCAGUAUUCUCCUCUGACCUGUAGAAAUGCUGCCAAUUUUUACCCUCAUAUCAUGUUUACAGAUGAAUAUGUUAGAUUUGCAUGUCUCAACUUUUAAGAUGUGCUUUAGUGAUUAAACCUGACAAAAUAAAUAUAGAUAUUUUCUGC